CCUUCUUAUAACUCACCACCUUCUCUCUAUCAAUCAAGUCCCCUAGCUAUUACGAUUCACAACUUAUUCUCUUCAUCUUUAAUUUCCCUUGAUAAUUUCUUAGUCACAUCAAAGUAAUAUCUCUUGUUCAUCACUCAUCUGCGACUAUAAGAAUGGCAGAUUAUAAGCAACACCACGGAAGAAGCUGCGGCUGCUGCUGCCUCUUUGGAAUCUUGUGGAAGAUUGUGGUUGCACUCAUUGUCCUCGUUGGUCUUGUAUUCCUCAUAUUUUGGCUGGUUGUUCAACCCCGCUACUUCAAGUUCCACGUCACGGAAGCGGACCUAACUCAAUUUGAGUACUAUCCAAACAACAACACCCUUCACUACAACAUGGUCCUCAAUUUCACUGCACGCAACCCCAACAAGAAGCUCAGCAUAUACUACGACAAAGUUGAGGCAUUAGCAUUCUACGAGGAUGCCAGGUUCGCCAAUUACGAUGUCAUAACUCACAUGAACUCCUUCCGCCAGUACAAGAAGAGCACCAGUCCCAUGAGCGCCGUUUUCUCGGGGCAGAAGGUGUUGAUGCUCAACAACGAACAAGUCUCUCAGUUCAACCAAGACAAGAGUGUUGGAGCUUAUGAUAUCUAUGUGAAGCUCAACUUCAGGAUUCGGUUCAGGCUCGGGGACUCGAUUUCCCGUCACUUGAAGCCCAAGGUCAAAUGUGAUCUCAAGGUUCCCUUGAACAAAAGUGGCACCUUUACUCUGUUUCAGACCACCAAGUGCCAUGUCAAUGUCUAGGGACUAAGGAUGCAUUUGAUUUCUUUGAUUGAUUUUUGAACUUUCUCUCUUUACCCAUUAUUUGAAAUUCUAAUAAUUAUGUUACUUUUGUCUUUAUUUAAUUCA